ACGGCUGUAAAGUAGACUGCGUCAAAUUAACCGAUUUUAUCAAAUCGGGACUGUGGCCCCAUUAGUUAGACAUUUCCCCUUAUUGGCGUCAAAUCAGGUAUUUGCUAAACUCGCUAGCAUAACGUACUGAUUGCUCUCUUGCUAAGUCUAACGCUAGCACACAAGAGGAUAACGUUAGCUCGGAGAACGUGCUAACCAUCCCGCCUUGUUUUGUUUAACUUAGAUAAAUCGCAACUAUGGCGGACUCAACUGGACAUGGGCAGUGUGUACCGGUGGCGAUAUUUAAGUUAGUCCUAGUAGGAGAUGGAGGCACCGGAAAAACUACUUUUGUGAAGAGGCACAUUACAGGAGAGUUCGAGAAGAAAUAUGUUGCUACCCUGGGAGUAGAGGUGCACCCACUUUCCUUUCACACCAACAGAGGGCAGAUCAGGUACAAUGUGUGGGACACAGCUGGUCAAGAGAAGUUUGGAGGCCUGAGAGAUGGCUACUACAUUCAAGCUCAGUGUGCCAUCAUCAUGUUUGAUGUCACCUCUCGAGUCACCUAUAAGAACGUGCCCAACUGGCAUCGUGACCUGGUCCGCGUCUGUGAGAACAUUCCCAUCGUCCUUUGUGGCAACAAGGUGGACAUCAAAGACAGAAAAGUCAAAGCCAAGAGCAUUGUGUUUCACCGCAAGAAGAACCUGCAGUACUACGACAUUUCUGCCAAGAGUAACUACAACUUUGAGAAACCUUUCCUGUGGCUAGCAAGGAAGUUGAUCGGCGAUCCCAACCUGGAGUUUGUGGCAAUGCCUGCCCUCGCUCCCCCAGAGGUCCAAAUGGACCCAAGCCUUGCUGCAAAAUACGAGGAAGAGCUUCAAGUUGCAUCACAAACAGCACUCCCAGAUGAAGAAGAUGACCUCUAACCUGUUGACUGAAAUCUCUCUCUCACCCCCAAAUGUGGACAGGAAGUUGUUGCCCCCUUACUGUAAAAUCCCUUUUCAGAUUUUUUAUUUUUGAAUUUUUUUGUUUGUUUUAAAACUAAGAAAAAAAAAGUUGGUGGACAAGUUGUGGUUCUAAUUUCACUGUAUCAGACACACCCACCCUAGUGUUGUCGUUGGCAUGGCAACGUGCUACUCUUCAUCAUCGAGCACCCUCCACUGCACUUACCCAGCUCACAUAAUGCUGUUGUACGGUGUACUGGAAGCACUAAGGGGAGUAAACUUUGAAUAAAAACAUUCUCAAUAUAA